UAGUUAGAAUUUAGGUCAAUGCCGUUGUUUGCGGUUUCAUGAAAUAAAACACAAAUCGAACUUCAAACCCUAAUUUCCUCAGCUUCAAAAUUAAAGCCACUAAUUGGUACAACCAAAAGUUUUCACCUUUUUACUCAGUAAAUACAAAAGCUUCCUCAAAUUCAAAUUGGUUUGAUUCUCCUUCAUCCAUUCACUCAUUUUAGGGUUUCAGGUUGACUUGAAGGAUUUGAAGAUUUUCAAGAUGUUGGCUAGUCAUCCUGAGAAAAGAAUAUCGUUCAACCGAUCGAUUCGUGACGGCGAUCUGGUUAUUGUUUACGAGAGGCAUGACAAUAUGAAGGCUGUAACAGUGUCCGAGGGUUCGGUUUUGCAGAAUCGUUUCGGUGUUUUUAAGCAUUCAGAUUGGAUUGGAAAGCCUUUUGGGGGUAAAGUAUUUAGUAGUAAGGGUGGUUUUGUUUACUUGUUAGCUCCGACACCGGAAUUAUGGACUUUGGUGUUGAGUCAUAGGACUCAAAUUUUAUAUAUUGCGGAUAUUAGUUUGGUUGUUAUGAACUUGGAGAUUGUUCCUGGUUGCGUGGUUCUUGAAUCAGGAACGGGAAGUGGAUCUUUAACUACUUCACUUGCGAGAGCAGUUGCGCCUAAAGGGCAUGUUUAUACAUUUGAUUUCCAUGAACAAAGGGCUGCAUCAGCUAGGGAUGAUUUUGAGAGAACGGGUUUAAGCGGUUUAAUCAGUGUGGGAGUUAGGGACAUUCAGGGUAAGGGAUUUCCUGAUGAAUUUGUUGGCUUGGCGGACUCUGUAUUUUUGGAUCUGCCUCAACCUUGGCUGGCCAUUCCUUCCGCGGCAAAAAUGCUUAAACAAGAUGCCACAUUGUGCUCAUUCUCUCCAUGUAUUGAACAAGUACAACGAUCGUGUGAUGCACUUCAGUUCUGCUUCACAGAUAUAAGGACAUUUGAGAUACUCUUACGCCAAUAUGAAGUUCGAGAAGAGAAAAUGGAAAGCUCUCAUGAAGAUGUCAAUGGUUUUAAUGGUUCUCUUUCUCGCAAGAGGAGACAGUGUUCAGAUGGAAACCAUGUUGUCAGCAAUUCAACUUCUUCUGUCAUGGCUAGACCUUGUGGUGAAGCUCGAGGUCACACGGGCUAUUUGACAUUUGCAAGACUUAAAUGCUUUUCAUGACCAGGUUCUUCAAUCAUGUCCUUCAAUUUUGGUAGCAGAGAAAAACUAUUGUAUUCUUUGUACUUCUUUUUAAUUUGAGCAUGAUGCAAGAAAUUGUUGUUGUUGUUUGUUAUAAACUUAAAGUUAUAGGGUUUGAAAGGAAUUUUUUGUAUAUCAUGUGCUUGGCUACAAACAUGCCUGAGAAAGCACUUGAGAAGGCACUUAACAGUGCGAAAAUAUGUGACAUUUCACAAUUAAUUUUAUUGGUCAAGUUUCACCUCUACCAUCUCUAUUAUUAAAUUAUGGAUUUUGAAUUAAGGUUCUUCUGAUCAUGUAGUUGGUUAUCCGUCUCUCUUAUUUCUAAUUUACCAUCUCCUAAAACACCUCAUAGUAUUACUCUUGCUAAUGGUUC